AUGGGUGACUUUUCCAUGGCGGCACCUGACUUGCUGGAUCCCAAAUCGGCCACUCAGAACUCCAAACCAAGAUUAUCAUUUUCCACCAAGCCUACUGUGCUCUCUUCGCGGGAGGAAAGUGAUUCGGCUAUUAAUGUUAUGAAAUGGAAGACAGUCUCAACAAUUUUUCUGGUGGUAGUCGUGUAUUUAAUAAUUGGAGCAACAGUAUUUAAAGCCUUGGAGCAGCCUCAUGAGACCUCCCAAAGAACCACCAUUGUGAUUCAGAAGCAGACGUUUGUAUCUCAGCAUUCCUGUGUGAAUGCAACAGAGCUUGAUGAACUGAUUCAGCAAGUAGUGGCAGCAAUAAAUGCAGGAAUCAUACCUUUAGGAAACACAUCUACUCAGAUCAGUCACUGGGACUUGGGAAGUUCCUUCUUCUUUGCUGGCACUGUUAUUACCACCAUAGGCUUUGGAAACAUCUCCCCACGCACACAAGGUGGAAAGAUAUUCUGUAUCAUCUAUGCCUUAUUGGGAAUUCCUCUGUUUGGUUUUCUGUUGGCUGGUGUUGGAGAUCAACUAGGGACGAUUUUUGGAAAAGGAAUUGCCAAAGUAGAAGAUACCUUUGUUAAAUGGAAUGUGAGUCAGACAAAGAUUCGCAUAAUUUCAACAAUAAUAUUCAUACUGUUUGGCUGCGUGCUGUUUGUUGCUCUUCCUGCAGUUAUAUUCAAGCACAUAGAAGGCUGGAACACACUAGAUGCAAUUUACUUUGUGGUUAUCACUUUAACUACCAUUGGAUUUGGUGACUAUGUUGCAGGGGGAUCAGAUAUUGAGUACCUAGAUUUUUAUAAGCCAGUGGUGUGGUUCUGGAUCCUUGUUGGGCUUGCUUAUUUUGCAGCUGUCCUCAGCAUGAUUGGCGACUGGCUAAGAGUCAUAUCAAAAAAGACAAAGGAAGAGGUAGGGGAAUUCAGAGCCCAUGCUGCGGAGUGGACAGCCAAUGUCACCGCGGAGUUCAAAGAAACUCGAAGGCGCCUGAGCGUGGAGAUCUAUGACAAGUUCCAGCGGGCUACCUCUAUCAAAAGGAAGCUCUCCGCAGAACUCGCCGUCAAUCAUAAUCAAGACCUGACUCCCUGCAAGAGAACCCUGUCAGUCAACCACCUCACCAGUGAGAAGGACAUCUUGCCAGCUCUAACAAAGACGGACAGCAUUUACAUGAAUGGUUUGACACCACACUGUGCAGCAGAAGAGAUAGCCGUUAUUGAAAACAUUAAGUAG